GCGGUCUCGGUGUUUAAUUUACAUUUCUAGGGAUUUUCGUAGUUACUGCUGGUGCUGGAUGUUUCUCGAACGCGAAAUAUGUAUGAAUGAUGCAUGUAUGCAUGAUUCAGGAUGCUCGUAGAACCGUAUAGUUUGCAAGUAGAGCGCGAGAAAAGGCGCACAAUUUCUUGUUUCUCUUUACGUAAUGUUUGCUUAUACGUAAAGUAUUGAAAAAUCGAUAAUGGGGCAGGAUACUGUGUUAAAAGCGCACGCGUGAACCGAUACCGAUGCAUGUCAGCUGUCCACCACUGAAUGCUGAACAAAACGUUGUGACGAGGAAUUAAAGUAUUCCUUAUUUUAUCGUGUCUUCCAAUGAAGCAGUAGAAUUUCAUGCGGUUUUAAUGGCUUGUGAUAACCGGACGAAAGUGUACCUGGGAUACGAAGAUGAAUACGUUACCGAUAAACACCGGGCGAGCAUUAAUUUUAUGACAAACAAGAUCGGCGGGUUUCCAGACUGUUACGAGAAGAAUACGCUAUCGUUGCCACAAUGCAGACUGUGUGGACUGCAUCAACUCCUGGUAUUGCAACUCUACGUUCCAUUAGAUAACUCGAAAUAUCACAGAAUACUUUAUAUUUUCGCCUGUAUAAAUCCGAAUUGUUGGAAUCAAAACGAAAGUUGGACUUGUCUGAGGGUUCAAGUUUUAGCAGAUGAAUUUCAGACGAAUACAAUAGAUACUAGUAGCGUGACCGUGCCAUCCACAAUGUCAUGGUUGUCGGACGCGGAUAAUUGGGGUGAUAAUUUUAAUGACAAUUCUACCGAACAGAAUGGAAAUAAUUUAUUGUCGAACAAAGCAACAGAGUUUAAUUUUUCUUUGCAAAGAGAAGUAGAGCAGAACAUGAGAGAAGAACUUUCCGCUUUGCAUGUAGACGAUCCUAAUGCGAACAGGUAUAUUCGUAGUCCAGCAAGCGUGGAGUCUCCAGUUGGAAUAGGAGCCGUGGGUAGAUUGGAUUCACCUCAAGCAUCUGCCGAGAUCGACGGCGAAGAAAGCGAAGUCGUUUGCAUAGAUACCCCAACUCAGCCUCAACGCGACUUGGUCGGUUUGCUGCACGAAGUAACUCCGUUUCCUAUACAGCUAGAAUCAAACACCGAAACAAAGUUCUCGUUUGUUGAAAUAUUCCUUUCGGUGGAAGAAGAAGAUUAUAGCGCGGACGUACCCCAACAUGUUCGUGAUUUAUUAUUGAAGUAUCAAUACAGAAAUCCAGAUCUAUCAACAAAAUCUGCAGCGGAUUCAAUAGAAGGAAAAACAAAUGAGACUGACCUAGAAAAGUACGAAAAGGGUAUUCCUAUGCACGGGGAUGAAAUGUUCCAUAAUUUUGUCUCUCGGAUACAAAAAAGUCCUGGGCAGCUCCUACGAUAUUCACGAGAUAAUUCCGCUCCAUUGCUACUGUAUCCUAUCAGCGGAUGCGUAGGGAAAUGCCGCCAUUGCGGUGGUGAAAUGAUCUUCGAAGUCCAGAUUUUAUCGACAUUAAUUUCUAAAUUGAUAUUACAACCGUGUACAGAAAAAAACUUUCAAAUCGAAUUUGGAACUGUUUUAAUGUAUACUUGUCUCAGAAGUUGUUGGUCUGCGACGGAUUUAUACAGGGAAGAGCAUGUUAUUGUUCAAGCAGAAAGACUAUAGCGAUAGAACGACAAAAUAAAUUGAUUAGAAGUUGUAAAGUUUUCAUUUUUGAAGAAUUUUCAAGUUACAUUCCUUUGGUAGCAAAAUACCGUCCAUCUGUUCGCGACUACUUAAAAAUUCCUAGUAAUGAAUGGUGCAUAAGAACAAGAUUCUACUUUCUGGUAUGAAAUUUACUGGAAACAUAGCGCUAAAAAAUUGAGGUAGAACAGUCACAAGAAGAAUUGUUUUAUUUUCCAAUUCAUCGUAGCGUGUAAGGAUAAUUGUACAUUACCAUUCAUACAUAAAUACAGAAGUCUUAAUGGAGAAAUA